AUGUACAAUACCCCUAUAGAAUGCCACUAUCCUACAACAUAUGUGAAAGAACCAAUGCUAAUGUUUGGAAGUGGUGGUGAGGGUCAUAAAGUGUGCACAACUGGUUCCUCCUCUGAAGCAUGGAGUUCUUUGAGUCACACUAGAUAUGAAAAUUUCAAUAAAGAUCAUUAUCACAAGAAACAACAACAUCAGAUCAAACAAGAGGAAUUUACUCUUCAGGUUUUUAAAUAUCACAACCAGAGUUUCAUCAUUAACCAUGACUACACUAAUCAGAAACAAAAAGUGUAUAAUUUAAAUAACUUUGAAAGUGGUCUUGAGGAAGUGGAGUAA